CUCCCGAACAACGCCGGAAAUUUCCAGGAAGGCUAUCACGAGCCGGCAUUGAACAUCGGUUGCACGGCCAUUGCCCUCGACACAAUGGGUUCCAGCGAGUCGAAACCUAUCUCCGCACACGUGUGGAAGGCCUCAGCGCCCAGCAGCCUCUCACAAGACCUCGUCGACUCGCUACAGUCCAGUAACGAGACUGAUGCCUCCCGCACCAAGAUCUACGAGCUCCAGAUCCAGGCCCGCGUGGCCGAGGAGCUCAAGAAGCUUCAACAGCAAGAGGCCGAGGCCCUCAAGAUCGCACACGAGAAGCUAAACAGCGCCGAGUACAAGGAGGAUGGAAGCCUGAGCCAGAAAACCGUCAACAAGGAGAUCGAGGCGAUGCGGAAGAAGCUCGAGGAGCGCAAGCAGGUGCGGCCUCUGCCCGAGGCCGUCGAGGGCGCGCGCAACGAGGUCAUCCGAUGCCUGCGGGAGCACGACCGGCGGCCGCUCGACUGCUGGCAAGAGGUGGAGAGCUUCAAGGCCGAGGUCAAGAAACUGGAGAAGUCUUGGGUCGAGAAGGUUGUGUCGUAA